AUGGCAAUGGAUUGGGCAGAACGAGAAGAGAUUGCUAAUAAAUGGAGGAAAUUGAACCCUCAAGAGAAGGCAACAUAUGGCUCUGCCUUGGAUUUAUCGGGUGGGCAAGUAGAAGGAUCAAGUGGGCAAGUAAACGUCUCACUGAAUGAGAAGGGUUUUACCAGUAGAUGCAGCCCGGAUCGAUUCCAUCAGACGGUGGAAAAAUUGUCGAAUCAGAAGCGCUUAGCAAUUAAUGAAAUUGGGUUUGGUAAAGUGGCAUCUUUGUGUUGCACUCGUUUACACCGCAAACUAUGCAAAUUUCUAACUGAAAGGUUCAAUCCUGAUACGUCUUCUAUACAACUGCACGGCAAAGUGAUUGGAAUAAGUGCCGUUGAGUUUGGGCGUGUUAUGGGUCUUAAGAACACCGGCGAGGUUGUUGAACUUGAGUGGCUGGUAGAAGAUGAAAAGGUGAAAGAGUUAGUGAAAAGUUUCGGUGGAAAUGGCAAGAGAUUAUUAGUAAGGGAUUUAGGUGAACAAUUGGAAAAGUGCGAAAAUGCCGAUGAGGACUUUAAAGUUCGAUUUGUGAUGUUCGCACUUGGCACUGUACUUUGCCCGACCUCCUCACCAUCAGUGACGGGGAACUAUUUAACUUUCUUGACGAUCCCAGGGAAGAUAGAGACUAAGAACUGGGCCGACCAUGGAUUCAACUUCUUAUGUGAAGGUAUUAGGUCGUUCAAAGCAAAGAAAGUUUUGUAUGUAAAUGGGUCACUACUAUUUCUCCAACUACUGUAUUUCGAUUCAAUUCUCCAUGGUGGAGUAUAUGUUGAUAAGUCUUUGGAUCCCAUUGUGUCAUGGGACAAUAAGUCGGUGUGGAAAAUGAUUAUAUGGGUCAGAAAGCAAGGUGGGUUUGAUAGUCCAACCGUUCGGGUAGUUUCAAAGCACAAUCCAACGAAUGAAGUGUCGAGAGUAAACCUUGAAAGAAUUGUUCAAGAAGUUGCAGUCAGUUUGGCGCCAAUAAUACAGGCCGAGGUGAAGCGAUCAGUUGAAGGACUUGCUAUAACUUUGGGGCCGAUAAUACAGGCGGAGGUCCAGCGGUCAAUGUUGGAAUUCACUGACAAGGUAAUGAGUCAAGUGAGCUCCUUCAAUAAAGACGCAAGACAACAUCUUCAUCCGGGACAUGAAGAUGUAAAUCAAACUAAGGACAGUCCACUGAAAGAACGAGAUCAAGGUGGUGAGAGUGUUGUGAAGAAGAAGGGUGAAGAAGCUAGCAAAUUAAAGGAGAAAGGUGUAGUUGAUGUAAACAAUACUUGGAUGCCAUUACCGGAUGGACAGAGUUUCAGUGAACCCGAGUUGAAAAUUGGCGUGGAAAAGAGGAAGUUCACAAAACCGGCCCGUGGUGAUGAAACUCGAAUUAAAACACGUCGAACGGGCGAAAGGCGUCCAGGAGUUCUUUGUAGAGAGCCAUGGGUUGACCCGUCAACCGCAAAAGGAAAGGUUGUGCAUUCAACGACGUCUAAGAUGAAAAUUGGGCCUUUCAAAUUAAAACCCGGGGACUUAGAAGACUCCGAUUUAGAGUUAUUUAGUUAUAUUUUUAGGUCUAACAACCUUUCAAGUGACGAAAUUAUAAUUCAAAUUGAAAACAAACAUCAUGUCACGAGAGGUGAGUUCAUGUGCUUGAGGCCCGAAGAGUGGAUUAAUGAUGGAGUACUCAACGCACACGUGUAUUAUCUACAAGAAAAGGGGUCAGGGAAUUGGUACUUCCCCACAUAUAUGGCGGAGCAAGUUCAAAAUACAAGAGAUGGUCAACUUUUCGAAUUGGCUGUCAAACUGAGAAGGGAAAACACAAAUCGGUUCACCGUAGGGCUUAAGAAGUGCGAGAAGAUGUUCAUUCCCGUUUUUGAUCGAAUCGGGAGUCAUUGGUAUUUGAUUGUGGUGCUUCCUAGCGAUAAAAAAGUUGAAAUAUGGGAUAGCCUCCCCGGUCCUAAGUACAACGCAGGUCGUUAUCAACAAGCAGAACGAAUUAUGAAAGUGUUGGACCACAUUUACAAUGAGGAGAUUGUCAACUAUUUUGAAAAGGGAUGGCAGUUUGCAAAAUUCAACAUUGUGCGAACUGACAAGGCCCGUAGACAAGUAAAUGGAUGCGAUUGUGGUGUGUUCGUUAUGAAUUGGCUACAAGACAUUGAAUGCAGAUCACACGGUUCAAAUAAAUUUCAACAUGCAAGUGAGCGCGUUCGCAUUGCACUAUCGUUGCUGAAGAACCCAAGAAACCGGCGUCUAAAGGAAGUAAGGGAGUCCGCUCGAAGAGUUGUCGACGAACAACUUGACAAGUUGGUCGAACAGAAGGAUCCCUUCAUCCCUCAUCAUCCCAUCGCAAGGAAGCCAAUAACACGCUCCCAGGCAAAGUAGAUUCAUUUUGACAGUAGGUGAUAAGGGUUUACAGUGUACAAAUUAGGUGUAAUGGCAUGUAUAUAUCCCUAUUUGCGCACAGUCAGGGUGCUUUUGUAGUAUAGCAAGUGCAAUUGCAUGACACGAUGUAAUUCCAUUAUUCGCUUAGAAAUGGUAUUUUGGUUUUCUUGACGACAUAGAAACAUUUCAUGACCAGAUCGAACCGCCUAGUUUCACUUGUUUGCUACGGUAUGUGUCUUGUUUGAAGAUUCAUCCACUAUAAUUCUAUUUUAUUUCUAUUA